UUAGAGCAUGACGUUUUACAUAUUUUAUACUUGAGUACUUGCCUUUUAUUUUAUUUUUAAAAUGGGACGAAUGGCUGGAAUUAAAUGGGAGAAAACCAUACAAUGCCGACCAGUUCACAACAUUAUUUCAUCAGAUUUUCCUAAAUACAAUCCUCAGCCAUGGAAAUUUAUGGAAGGACCAAAUCGUAUACAAUGGCUUUUAUCAUAUGAAUAUUAUAGAAUGUGGCUGGAAGAAAGAGAAGCCUGGAAGAAACGCAUGUAUCCUGAAAACACCACUGUAAAUGUCGACGUUGUUAAACGUUAUGUUUUAACGUUUAAGACGACAUACCAGCCACCAAAACCUGAACAAAAAAAGCCAUUUAAAAUGAAAAAAUUUGAAGGAAUAGGUAGUAAAACUACCAAUAAACGUUCGCCUGGUGAUAAAGCAAUGUUGAUUAAAAAAUCAAAAAAACCUGGUUCCGAGGGAAAAGUCCAGGAAAAGCAUUAGGAUUUUUUUUCAAAAGAAAACGAAUACUUAUGUCAUCUUUAGAUUUGUGUUCGUCUAUAUCUAGUCGAAAGCUGUGCUAGUUG